CGGAUUCCCCUCGCUUUUCGAAAGAGAAGACCGACCCCGUGUUUGCUUCGCGCUUCCACUUUCGCCGUUCCCCUCAUAUUGCUACAAGCCGGAGGAGCUGCUGUCGUCGCCGUGGCGGCUGGGUCUCUUCUGAUUCGUAUUCCCCCCUGCGAGGCUUCGCUGCUUGUGAACGUCGAUGUGAAUUUGCUCUCUGCAGCUUUCCAACGAGAGAGUUCUGUUCACCUGCGCAGCCGGGACCUCCGUGCAUCUCCGUUUUCGUCUUUUGACUCUUCACCUUCCCCGAUUGGCCGGCUGUGCUCGGAAGCCCCUUCAGCGCCAGCGAGCUCGAACGCAAAUGCAGUGGAAGCUGUUUGUGGCGUCGUCGAUCCUCGACUCCUCUCUUGCACAGCCAGGCCCUGACAGCGUUUCUUUUCUGUUUUCUGCCAAGCCGGGGACUUCGUGAACCUUCGCGGCGCUUGCGCGCCGCAUCCACACACUUUCUUCGUCGCCUGUAGCACGCUUCCACGUUUGCGUGGAAAUGGCUGAACCCCAGCUUCCAUGUGAGUUCCGCGGUGCAGCUGCAUCUCCGACAUAACCGGCGAGAGACGGAAACAUGAGGCGGUGCUGGCGCACACCGGUACAGCGGGACUCUCCACGCGUCCUCGGACCCCAGCUGAAAGUUCCAAAGCCAUGAACUCGGGGAAGGCUCCCUCCAGUGAGAGAGUCCUCGAGUCAUCUGAGUGAACUAGACACGCAUUCGAGAGCGGCUGUUGCUGCGUGCGGCAUCCAGAAGUCUCGACCUGCCUUCUUUUUGUCUCGAAGUGAUCGUGCGAUGUGAAGACGAAAGCGUUCGCGAGAUUCAAGAAAGCCACACAGUGUCUCACGCAGAGCGUUCCUGCUUCCUGCUGCCUUCUCGCUCGUCAACGUCUCGAAUCGUGGAUCCAAGGAAGGGAGGUGAAGGAGUUCGCAGAGGCCUGCGGUGUCCGCGGACGAAGCCGUGUGGGUCGGUCCCCGAGUUUUGCGCACCGCGAAGACUUCAGUUGCUUUUCGCUCGGACCAGGCGUCUCUCCCCGCGUCUUUGUGCUGUCGGUCCCCGCGUUCGCCAUCAGCGAACUCGAGAAACGCGCUGGAGGAGACACCUGUCUCCGCGGCGCCUCGCGUCUCCCCCGCGGGCUCCACUUGUCAGGGAAACUGCGUGCUUCGCGACAGCUCUCCUGGAUGGAGGAAGCAGCCUCCGUCUCUCCACGCUCACACACGUUCCGUUCCACUUUUUUUUCUUUCUGGGAAGCCUCAGUGUGAGCUGCACGGCCUUCAAGUCGAGCGCCGCGGCCGCGCGUUUCCUUUCCUGAAGAUGGCUUUCGCUACGCUCUCCAAGACACAAAUUGAGCCUGUCCAGCGUCCUCUGUCCCGGACAUGCGGCCCUUUCUGCUUUCGUUUCUCAGUUUCGCAUCUGCCCCGCUCGCUAGUGUGAAAAAGGAGGCAACUGCCACUGCAACGCCCUCUCAACUCCUCCUCCACUUUCUUUUUACAAAAACGAGACACCGCAACCAUGCGGGACGGACCGCUGGGGGAGCGGCUGCUGCCGCCGCUCGCCAGCCCCGAGUGCGCGUCGGGUGUCCAUACACCCCAGAGGUCGGUCGACGAGUGCAGCGAGGCGCCAGCUUUCUUGCGGCGGGAGUUCUUCGGGACGUCUGCGGCGCGGCAGCGGGUGCUUGAGCAGCACAGACGGCGAGCGAAGAAGUUUUACGGCAGCCGGACGAUCGGCGAAACAGGGAGUUUUGUGUACCUCGUCAACCAGAUCUUCGGCGCGAGUCUCGUGGCGGUGCCCUACGUCUUCAAGGCCAGUGGCUUCGUCCCCUGCCUCCUCAGCAACGCGUUCACUUGCGCAGUCGCAGCGUUCGCCGCCCUCAUGCUCCUCCGCGCGAUGACGAUGAUCAAAGGCAACUACGCUUUCCAGCAGAGAGUCGAAUACGCUGCAUGCAUCGCCUACUUCCUGGGAAAAAAACGCGCUGGUCUCGUCCAGGUCUCCUUCUACUUCGCCAUGCAGGCCAUGAAUGUCGCCAGCAUCGUCGUCGUCAGUCAGGCGAUUGACCAACUUCUUAUUCUCUUCGGCGGAUACACAGCAGGCUUGCAAGUGCUAGACACACCUGGAUUUCGUUUGUACGACGCGACAGAGUAUGCGCAGUACUCUGGGGUGUAUCUCUCGUCUGCGGCGUCGGCAGGCGCAGCUUCGUCGGACUCUGCUUCGCCGCCGCUGUCCUUCUCCAUCACGCUCGGAUACCUGAUUUGUGCCUGCAUCUGCAUCCCUCUUUCAUCGUGUUCCAUGGAGGAAAACAUGACUGUCCAGUACGUCUCUUUCGCCUUUCUGCUGUGCUCCAUCUUCGUCAUGUCUCUCUCUGCGGGGCUGAAGCUGUGGGGUGCGACUGCUCCGCUCCAGUUGCUCUCCACCGAAGUGUCUCCGGUGUCUCCGUCGCCCCUGCUGGAUCCCGGGCCUGUCGCGCCGUUCGCCGCCGUCUCGCCUCCUCGACUCUCGCUCACCGCCUUCGACGAGGCUUCACUCUCGGCUCUUGGAAAUGCCGACGCAGGUGCUUUGCUCGGAACCGAGGUAGACGAACCUCCGAGGCUAGCCAUCGACGAUGCCGAUCUCCCUUGGCAGGGAACUGUCAACCUCUCAGAGGCCGCAGAUGGACGCGUCUCUCCUCUCGCGUCUUCGACCUCUCACGCGUCUUUUUUUCUCUCUCCUCUCUCUUCUGCUCUCUCUUCUGCCCCCUCUUCUCCUUCUUCUUCCCUCCCCGUUUUUUCCUCGUCGGCUCUCUCGGCUUCUGCCUCUCUUUCCUUGGAGGCUGAGGGAACUGCAGAGAGCGACGGCAAUGCCGGAGACACUCCAGGGCCGUCCGACGAGGGCCGCUUCGACCAACGCUGGUGGCGCGCGCCGCUGCGCUCCUCCGCUGUGUCCUCGCUGGCGAAGAAGAGGCGAAAGGCGAGAAAAGAGAGAGCGGAAAGAGGAUACAGCGGCGCCGUCGAGACAGGAGAAGGUGAAGACGCUGCGGAACCGGGGAAGCAAAGCGCGGCGUUUUUGCCGCGUCUUUCCCCUCUCGAACGCUUGACGAGUGCACGAAGCACGUAUCUGGAUCUUGCGACAUCUGCAGACAUCUCACCCUCUUCUCCCUCUUCUCCCUCGUCUCCCUCUCCUUCUUCUCCUUCUUCUCCUUCUUCCUCUCCCUCUCCUUCGUCUUCUCCAGCUCCUCCCUCUCCUCCCUCGUCUCCUUCUCCUUCUUCUCCCUCUUCGUCUCCUGGGUCGUUCAUGUCUUUUGGGGGAGAAGCAGAGGAGACAGAUGCGUCCUGGUUCUCCUCGCUCUGGGCUCGUCUCCUGCCGUCCGAGAAGCAAAGCGCGGAGACGCAUCGCGACAAAGGAGACACGGGACUCGGCGCCCGCGGAGACACGAAAGAGACAGAGGAGACAGCGGAGACACAAUUCAAGUCGUUUGGAGCUUCGCCAUUCGGUGAAAGGAGAUACGGACAACUUUUUUCCACGUUCAUCGCUGGGUACUCGUACGUCACUGUCGUUCCUUGUUGGGCGAACGAAAUGACUGCAGAGGUUCGGGUCGAGAGGGCCAUUUGGGUCAGCAGCGCGUUCUGCUGCGUGACGUACUUCUUCUUCGGCCUUCUCCUCGCUGCAGCUUAUCCUGCUCUCAACUCUGACAACGUCCUUCAGGAAAUGCUGCGGGACCCUGCGACGCCUCUCGCUGCCCGUAUCGCGGUCUACGUUUUCGAUCUUUUUACCAUUCUCCCAGGCAUUCUGGUCUACUGCAUCGCAACGCGGUACAACUUGGUCAACAGUGGCUUCUGUACGAAACAUGACGCCUUCUGGAUCGGCGUCGUCGCGCCCUUCGCCGUCUCAUGGCUCCUGAUGAACGACGCCUACUUUUCCGGUCUCUUCACCUGGUCGUCGCUGUUCUUCUCGCUGAUGUGCAACUUCAUCGCCCCCAUCGGCGUGUACAUUCUUGCAUGCAAAAAGCUCCCGCCGCUCCAGCGCAACCUGCAGGGGAAGAGGGGCAAAGUCCUAUUCAGCCCGCACCUCCGCAGAAAUGUUCAAGGAGCGCGAGACCAGGCGACGAGUGCCGAUCAGGUGCGUCGUUCUCUGCUUCAGUGGCUUCGCUCGACUUUGCAAGAGGAGGCGCAGACGGGUGAGGUGGAUCCCCAGCUUCUCCACUUGCUGCUGUCUCCGUCGACGGUCCCUGAACUCGACGCGCCCUCCGCGCCGGCGCUCUCGGGUGACGCUCUGCAUGCCGACCUCAGUCCUUUCGGCAGAGACCUUCUCUCGGACUCCCUCCUCUCUCACCCCCGCUGCGCCUGGCUUCACGAGGAAGCUGCGACUGCCGCGGUUGCCGCCGCGGCCCUGCAAAUGCGCGACGGCGGCCUCCCCACUUUGGCCGCGUACUCUGUGCAACCUUCUGCAGAGUUGCGGCUCCGUUCUGGGUCUCCGCCGAGCAGCGAGGAAGGAAACAGGGCGAGUCUGGGGAGCAGCCCCCAAGCGCCUUCGCGGGCCUCCUCGGCGCUCCUCAGCGGACGGACGACGCCAGUGUCGCGUUGGGUCGAGACGGGGUCGGUCGCGGCCUCACGCAGCGUCUCGCGCUCUCGCGCGACGCCCGUCUCGAGGCUGCAUGCAUGCCUGCUCGGCAGGCAUGCUGCGAGCGUUCAAGGCCGUGUCGAACAGCGAGGAGAGACGCAGGACGACCUCCGAAACGGGGCUGUAGAAGAUAUCCGCCAUGAGACACAAGCGGAGACUGGAGGCGCGAUUCGCGGGGGCUGGGCCUCUGAGGGUCGAGUUUCGCCGCUGUCGCCUCUGUCGCCUCUGUCGCAGCGUCCUUCGCUAAGGAGGUUGUCUUCGCAGAUCCGCACUCCGCCGACGUCUCGCGGGCCUGCGGCGCGGAGCACACGCGACAAACUCGCUGUGUUUUCUCGAGCUUCUUCGCCGUGGUCUGUGAGAUCUCCGGAGCGCCGAGCCGCGAGAGACGCGGCCGGACAACGCACGCUGGAGGAAGUGGACCAGCGUCUGCGGAGACACUUGGUCGCUCAGGCGAACGAGGCAGCCGCGACGCAGCGCGACGGCGAGGAGGCGCGCGUCGGCAUCGGCUCUGAGGCCUCGCGAACGGCCUCCUGGGCGACCUUUUCGCGGGAGCGCAGCCGCAAGCAGUCGCUCGCCAGCGAGCUGUUUUGGUCGCCGCAGCGCCGCAGCACGAGGCCGACGUUCUCCCCACUCAGCGAGCGCCGCGAGUCGCUUGAGCGCCUCUCUCCAGACACCUUGCACGAGCUCCAGACGGUCUCUGCGCCGGGCGCGCCGCGGUCCAGAAGGCCCUCGAUCCACUUCGCCCACCGCGUCCUCCGCGGCACCGGCUCCACGUUGUUUCGCCUUCUCAGCGAAGACGGCGCGAAGCGCGAGGCCUCCUCUCUAGACGAAGACUCCGUCGUCAUUUCAGGCUUCCCCACGCUGAACCCAGGCCCCACCGCGUUGGGCUCCACGGGCUUGGCGCGGCGGGUCCGGGAGCUCGAGGAGCCGGAAGUCGCCGCGUGUGUGACGCGGGACGUCGACGACGACGCGGCUGCGAUUCGCGCGCAGUUGGAGCUGCCGAAGCUUCUUCUUCAGCAUGCAGACGAGGUCGAGCGGAACGUCUGGCUCAUGCCCUUUGGAGACGAAGACUUGGCGCCCCGCGGCCGCGCGCGGAGACAGUCCCUCUCGGCGACUGGCGAGGCAAGGCUCGACGCGGGCUGGUCCGAGGAGGCGGAGGGAACGUCGCGGCGCGGGCGGCCUCCGAAGGCGAGCGACGGCGUGCGUUUGCGGCCGGAGCAUGGCGAGGACCUGAGGUACGCAGCCGGCUCCUCGACCUGCGGCGAGGCCGACCGCCGGGACUCAGUGGGGUCUUCUGCGGCGCGCGAAGGCUCGGGAAACAGCGUCAGUGCACGAGCGACUGUGGCCAAGAAAACGCGAUUUCCAGACGAGGAUCCUGGGGCUCUGCGAGCUCCCGAAGAGCCGUCGGACGCGCGGGAGACCUAUCGAGAACGAAUCACCGUCGCAAGGACCACGGAGACACCCGUGGUCGGAACUGGCUCCUCAGUCCCGACCCAGGGGCCCCAAGUGCCUCAAGAGACGCGAGGGCCAGAAGAGACGCGAGAACAGGAACUCUUCGCGCCAGAGGAAAGCCAAGUGUCUCCGGCUUCUGGUGCAUUCGAGGCGACCAGCAGAGACCCGGGGACCGGGCUUUCGACUCCAGCCUGGCGGCGCGGAUUCGAGGCGCCUUCGCCGCCCCAGGAGACGCGGGAAUCGAAGCUUGGAGACAGCAGGCCGUGGGGAGUUGGGUCGCAUCUCGAUUCGCCUGCCACGUCCCGCGAAACCGUCUUCGGUUCGCUCCAAGGGCCUUCUUCAGGUGUCUCCCCGCGGGGGCCCUCGCCCCAGUCGCGGCCGCGGCUCCGCUCCGCGCGGUCGCAUUGCGUCGCCCCUGAGGCACCAAGUGAGGCUGCUGUGCGUCGAGCACAGUCGUGUUUUUUGGAGGCGCAGAGCGGGGGUCCUCCCCGGCCCUUCGCGCACUGCAGACUCGGCCGAGAAGGCGAAGAUUUCCACGCCUCUUUUCUGCGCGGGGCGAGCUGGCGCGACCGGGUCUACGCGCGGGGCUGUCUCGGGCGCCGAGGCACGCGCCUCGCUUCUGGCCCUGGGACGGCGUCUCUUCUGCUGCCGCAAGACAACGCCGUCGAGACUCUGGGAAUUGGCAAGCGCGGCCGCGACAUUCUUCUGCAGCAGCAGGAACAGUGGAUUCAACAAAGGCUAGCUCUUCUCUCGCACACCAGCGCACCGUCUCCCGAGGGAUCUCUGGGCCUCGGCUCUGUGGGUCUCGGGUCCCAGGGCGGUUCCCGGAACCGGGUUUCGCCAGUCUCGCCGGUAUCUCUGCAGCGGCAAUCUUUGUCGCGGAGUCUGUCGUCUCCGUCGCCCCUCAGCGACUUUUCAGAGGCGUUUUUGGCGGUGGAGGGGCUGGAGGCGCCGCUGCUGCUGCGGCAGUUGAAGGAGCGACGAAAGGCAGGCGUGGAAGCGGAGAAAGAGCGGCGGAAGCCUUCGUUCGCGGCGACCCUAGCGACCUUCGCCGCUCGUCCCUUCCUGGCCCGUGGCUUGACCCUCGGUGACCCGAUGGGGGACAUGCGGGGCGAGACCUACGACCGCAGAGACACCGUCCGAGACACUCUGGAGGGGCGCGCGCUGCUCAGGCGAUCCGUCAGCGUGCAUGAGCCGGCGAAACCCAGCUCGUCGCCGUGGGAAGGCGAGAGACGCGGAUUCAAGCGAGGCUUUAGCGCGAGGCAAAUCUAUGUCAAGACGCCUGGCAGGGUGGAGCGCCUCGCGGCGGUGUUCAACCGAGAGACCGGCUUGGAGAAAAGGGAGACACCCGUUGUCAGAGAAGCCGCGACGGAGCUCGAAGAAGGCGACUCGGACGGAAGCGAACAGACACCUCGAGACAGCAAUUCCGGCCGAUGUGACAGCAGGAAUGGGAGUUUUCUUGAGGGAGAACGGUCCUCGCGGGUCUCCUCUUGCUCGCUCUUCUCCUCUCCGCGGGAGACAGUCGAAGACGCGAGGGACGCAGAGUUCUCGCGCUCCCGAGUGUCGCCGGACUCGAGGGCGGACUCCUCUGUGUCCGAAGACGCCUUCGCGCUGCCAGGAGAUAGCUCCUUUUCCUAUCCCUCGUCGCUCUUCUACUCUCCUCGAUCUUCCGGGACGGAAGCAAGUCCCGCGAAAGCUCUCCCUUCGGUUUGCCCUCUCGCCGCCCCCUUCCAAGACCGAACCUCCGACUCUGCUGCCUCUUCUGCGUUCUUCUCCUGCUCCUCCUGCUCUCCUGGCGAGACACAGGAAGCCUCCCACCGCACAAAGGACUCCGAAGCGACUGUGAGGGGGGCUCUAAACGACGGAGACACUUUGAUGUCCUCGCCUGUGUCUUACCCAAAUGGGUCGGCUUCUCUUGUCGAAGGUGAAGGACCGAGGAGAACAGCAGCUCGACAAGCAGGCGGGCAAGGCGCAUUAGAACCACACGGAAAGCAAGCACUCGCGAGAGGGCAGUCACGCUGGUCAGGUGAACAGACGACGCAAGAGCGUGAGGGGUGUCUGAGUCCUCGGGUCGCCAGUGAAGCUCGCGAUGUGGAGACGUCGUCUGGGGAGACUUUGAAGAUCAGCGAGGCUGAGAGAGGAGAGACGACCGUGAAGUUCAGCGUCGCGGAGACCGAAAAGAGAGAAACGCCUUCGGUAGUGGCUCCGCGAGACAUCCGCCGACUCGACAUCCUGUCUCCAGCGACUUCCCUGUCUUCUCGCCAGGUUUCGCCUCCUCGCGGUUCCUCAGAGGGCUCCCAGGGCCGUACACAGGGCCUUGACGCAGAACCGUUCUCCUGGGACGAAUCUUCUGCGUCCGUCUCCGCUCCUGCGGCUGCGCCUCCAAAGGCUUCUCAUCGGCUGUACCGCACACUCGCGGGUCAAGACUGGCAGACGAAGCAAGCGCCCUUGCUUGCUCAGUGCCACAGAGAAGAAGCGAACAGAAAGGAUGGAAGUGAGGUCGAAAUGAGAGACGACGAAAGUGGAGAGAGAGUCGCGAGGCCUCAGUCGGGCAACCGCGUCCGAUACGCUUUGGAGACUCAGGGAGAGGCUUCGGGCGAGGAGCAUCGGCCGCGAGAAGAGGCGAGGAGCGAGCGCAUGCGUCUAUGCUUCGACGAGACAAAGAAACCAGGAGAGACAGCGGAAAAGCCAAAGCCUUUUGUACAAAGAAGGAGGGGGAAACCCAAGACACUCUGUGUGAAGGCAUGGGGACCUGAUCGCGGCAAAACAGACGCGAGCGACGAGGCCCACGAAGACAGGGACGAAGACAGAGACGGACCCGGAAGUGACAAACGCGAAGAAGGACAAGACUCCAAAGGAAGCAGAGACGUGUACUCGUCUCUCCCUACGAUUCAAGUGACGUUUGCGGACGACCAAGAGGUGUCGGGCUACGAAGACGCUCUUGCAGUGGACGAAGACUUUUUGACUGGCGACCUUCUUCCGAUAAAGAUCCACGUGUAUCCCACUGCGUUUCUGCGAAACAUCCACAUUGAACUGUCUGUUCUUAUUUUGACGUCGCUGCUCUUGUGUGCCUUCGCCAGUCUUUUGUACCAAGUGGUUUGGGGCGAGGGCAAUUAAGCUUUGCUCGCGUGGAAACCACGUUUUUAUUUCUUCACUGCAUGCACACAGGUCCGCCCACAUGCAUGGGCAGUCUGGCGUCUCUGCACUCUCUCGAAACAGGCGUCGCGCAUUACAUGUGUUCUUGUACAAGUCCACCUGCAUGCAUAGGUAUGUGGAGAAGCGGGCACCUUUUUGUGUGGAUAGGUCACCGUGUGCCCUUUAGCAGGUUAAAGGCGAACGUCAGAUGUCAC